AUGAUGCUAAACCGCAUCAAGACCGAGUCCGAGACUCGGUCUUCCGAGCUGCGCAAAAUCCAGGAUCGGAAGAAGAACAUUCUGAUUUUCAUUCAGAACCACCUACAGCACUCCGGCUACCUCACCGCAGCCCAGGCGGUCGCCAAGGACACGAAUCUGCAAUUGGACAGUCUGGAUUGCGCGGACAACAUGGACCUGGAUGUGGUGUUCCAAGAGUUCGAAACCUACUACGAGAUGAAGUUUGGAAAGAAGCCCAAGCUGCUCAAGGACAACCCAGGAGGUGCGCUGGCCCAGCAGGGCGGUGGAAAGAUGGCGAAAAACGCCUACAGGUACGGAAUGCUGCCGGCGGUCGGGGGCGCAACCGGGGGCGGUGGUGGAGCUGCGGGUAGUUCUGGUGCACCUUCUCAUGGUGCUGGAGGAGCAAGUGCGAUGAACCCCGAGGAACCAGGAUCAGUAGGAGCAGGAGGACCACCCAGUGCGACGAACAAUCCAGCGGCCAGCAAGCGCCGGCUGUCCACGCGAAACGCAGCGUCAGGCGGUGGUGGAGCAGCGCAAGCAAGCAGUGGCGGGAGUGGAGUGGUUGUCGGGACGACGGUGAGCAGUUCCUCGUCCUCUUCCGCCGCAACCGACGGCGGUAAUGGUACAACAACCGCGGGAGUGGACAAUUCUACCGGCUCUGACGGCGCCGGUGCGAUGAACGCCUGCGACAUAUCCAUCAUCGGGCAGAAUGCGAAGAACCUCCUGCAGACUGCCAGCCAAGGCCCCGGAGUAGACCAUUUCGUGAACCGGGUGCGGAAGCCGAUGCCGCUGGAAUACGCCUACAAUCCCGAGCUGAAGGAGCUGGCCACACUGAUCGAGCGGGACAUCUGCGUGAAGAACCCGAACGUGCAGUGGACCGACAUUGUCGGCUUGGAGCGGCCCAAGCAGUUAGUGAAGGAAGCGGUGGUCCUUCCCAUGAAGUACCCCCAGCUGUUCCAAGGCAUCCUGGCCCCCUGGCGCGGGAUUCUCCUGUUCGGUCCGCCGGGCACGGGGAAAACGCUGCUCGCCAAGGCGAUCGCGACGGAGUGCAAUGUGACCUUCUUCAACGUGUCCGCCUCGACCAUCGUGUCCAAGUGGCGGGGGGAAAGCGAGAAGCUGAUCCGCGUGCUGUUCGACCUGGCCGCGCACCAUUCACCCUCGACGAUCUUCAUCGACGAACUGGACAGCGUGAUGUGCGCCCGCGGCGGCGGCGACGAGCACGAGGGAUCUAGGCGGUUAAAAACCGAACUACUUAUCCAAAUGGACGGAUUAAAUUCGAUGUCCAACAAAAGUACUACUGCAACCGUUUCUGCAACAGACGGCAACAAAGCUAUCAGCCAGCCCGUCGACUACGGUCCGCAAGUGUUUCUCCUCGCCGCAAGCAAUUUGCCCUGGGACCUGGACCCGGCUAUGCUGCGGAGGUUGGAGAAAAGGAUUCUGGUGCCCCUGCCAUGCGCGGAAGCAAGGAAGUCGUUGCUGAAGCGGUAUCGACGCUCUAUACAGAACUUCUAUUGACUUCUUUGUGGAAAUGUUAGAUUAACCUUGACAAUCGUACGCAGUGUCAGAACAUGCGAGGACUCAGAUGGCUUUUGAGUUGACGUUCCUUUCGAAUCCUCUUCACAGAGCUCUAUCCACAGGUUUCUCUCCGGCCGAGUGCGAUGGGAGGACCAGCAGAAACGAGAUAGGCAGCCCAGCGACAGGGGAUCAGCAUCAGAGAACGGGAAAGAAACAACCGCUGCUGCAGACGGUGGGCCCGAGCGAACCGGCACCGCAUCCACCGCACUGCAACUGCUCGAUCCGGAAGUCCUGACGGAAAAGCUGGCCGGUUGGUCCGGCAGCGAUGUCCGGUUGUUGUGCAAGGAGAUUGCGAUGCACCCCCUGCGUCGGUGCCUGGCCAAGUUGGAAAAUGCGAAGGACUUGUCGCAGUUGAAAACGCUCACGGAGGAGGAGCAGCUGGUAACAAGCAGCGACGUCGCGCAGGGCCUGACGCGCGUGCACGCCGCGCCGCUCACCUGCGAUCUGAAUCGCUAUGUCGAGUGGAACGAAGCGUUUGGGUCGACAUGA